UUUGUAGGGUUCACACGUUCUGCUAUUCGGUACAUGUCCAUGAAUCAUGAUCACAAGUCCAUGGAGGAACAAGUCAGAAGUCUACCCUUUUGACCACUUCCACCCAAGGCCACUUAUUUCCCACCUAAAUACGUACCCACUAGAUAUACACAACUUCCUUCGUCUGCCUCUCUUCAUUCUACAUUUCUACCUAGCUCUUAAACAUCAACAUGGGUUCCCCUGCUUUCUCUUGUGCAAAAAUACUGAAGCAGCAGCUUGUCAUUGUGGCUGGAAUAGCUCUAGUCCUUGUCCUAAGUUUGCAUGUGGUAGAGGCUCAAAAUUGUGGUUGUGCUGCGGACCUGUGCUGCAGCCGAUACGGCUACUGCGGCACAGGCGACGACUACUGCGGCACGGGAUGCCAAGCAGGGCCUUGCAACACGGCCCCCCUGACUCCCAGUACCAGUGAUGUUCCGGUGGCGGACAUCGUCACCCCGGAAUUCUUCAACGGGAUAAUUGAUCAAGCGGACGCUAGCUGCGCUGGAAAGGAUUUCUAUUCUCGGGCUGCUUUUCUGGAUGCUCUUAACUCGUAUGAUCAGUUUGGUAAGAUUGGUUCCCUUGAUGAUUCUAAACGGGAGAUUGCUGCCUUCUUUGCCCACGUCACCCAUGAGACCGGGCAUUUUUGCUACAUAGAAGAGAUAGACGGGGCAUCAAAAGACUACUGCGAUGAGACUAACACGGAAUAUCCAUGUAACCCGAACAAAGGUUAUUACGGCAGGGGACCCAUCCAACUAUCGUGGAACUACAAUUACGGUCCUGCCGGAAAGAGCAUCGGGUUCGACGGAGUAAACUCCCCCGAAAGCGUAGCUAAUGAUGCACUCAUUGCUUUUAAGACUGCACUAUGGUACUGGAUGAACAAUGUUCGCCCGGUUAUUGCAGAAGGCUUCGGGGAAACUAUUCGAGCCAUUAAUGGUGCGCUUGAAUGCGAUGGUGGAAACCCUGCUACUGUACAGAAACGGGUCGACUAUUACGUUGAUUAUUGUAACCAACUUGGUGUUGCCCCCGGUGACAACCUUACUUGCUAGGUAGCUACUUAGGUCCAGUAUGAGAUUGUUGUGCUGUGAGAAGUAUGACUACAAUUUGCUACGUACGUAGUUGUUUUAUUAACAUGAAAACAUUAAUAAUACGUUACAUGAAUAAUACGAUCUAUAUUACAAAC